GCGUGUGAUUGGGUGCUUGCACCGAAAUAAAGAACGGCCAGAGCCCGAGCGCUUCCUUUUACUGCUUCCCCACCAAGGACAAGGCAUCGCCAGCCAAGACCUUCCCUACGACCUCUUCUUGCGACAUUCGAUCACUCUCACUGCUUUGAGAAACAGCAAGCAUGUCUAAAGGACCAGCUGUUGGCAUUGAUCUAGGGACCACCUACUCCUGUGUUGGUGUAUUCCAGCAUGGAAAAGUUGAAAUCAUUGCCAAUGACCAAGGCAACAGGACCACACCCAGCUAUGUGGCCUUCACAGACACUGAGAGGCUCAUAGGGGAUGCAGCCAAGAACCAGGUUGCAAUGAACCCUACCAACACAGUCUUUGAUGCUAAGCGAUUAAUCGGGCGGAGGUUUGAUGAUGCAGUUGUACAAUCGGAUAUGAAACACUGGCCAUUUAUUGUAGUUGAUGACAACACCCGCCCUAAGGUUCAAGUUGACUACAAGGGUGAGACCAAGUCGUUCUACCCUGAGGAGAUCUCCUCAAUGGUGCUGACAAAGAUGAAGGAAAUUGCUGAAGCUUAUCUUGGCAAAACAGUCAACAAUGCCGUCAUUACUGUGCCCGCCUACUUCAACGAUUCCCAGCGGCAGGCCACGAAGGAUGCAGGAACAAUCUCCGGUCUCAAUGUUUUGCGUAUCAUCAAUGAACCGACCGCAGCUGCUAUAGCCUACGGCUUGGACAAAAAAGUUGGGGCAGAGAGGAAUGUGCUCAUUUUUGAUUUGGGCGGUGGCACCUUUGACGUGUCAAUUUUGACCAUUGAAGAUGGAAUCUUUGAGGUCAAGUCCACUGCCGGCGAUACCCAUCUGGGUGGGGAAGAUUUCGACAACCGCAUGGUCAACCACUUUAUUGCCGAGUUCAAGCGCAAAUACAAGAAGGACAUUAGUGACAACAAGCGAGCCGUCCGCCGUCUGCGUACAGCAUGCGAGAGGGCAAAGCGCACCUUGUCCUCCAGCACUCAGGCCAGCAUUGAAAUUGACUCUCUGUACGAGGGAGUCGAUUUCUACACCUCCAUCACCAGAGCUCGCUUUGAGGAACUCAACGCCGACCUCUUCCGUGGCACCUUGGACCCGGUGGAGAAAUCGCUGCGUGAUGCCAAGAUGGACAAAGGGCUGAUUCAUGACAUUGUCUUGGUUGGUGGCUCCACUCGCAUCCCUAAGAUCCAAAAACUGCUGCAGGACUUCUUCAAUGGAAAAGAGCUGAACAAAAGCAUCAACCCAGAUGAAGCCGUUGCCUAUGGGGCUGCGGUCCAGGCUGCCAUUCUGUCAGGUGACAAGUCCGAAAAUGUCCAGGACCUGCUACUCCUGGAUGUUACUCCUUUAUCUCUGGGGAUUGAAACGGCGGGAGGUGUCAUGACUGUCUUGAUCAAGCGUAACACUACCAUUCCAACAAAGCAGACUCAGACCUUCACCACGUACUCUGAUAACCAGCCAGGUGUACUCAUUCAGGUCUAUGAAGGCGAGCGCGCUAUGACCAAGGACAAUAACUUGUUGGGCAAGUUCGAGCUGACCGGAAUUCCUCCGGCACCUCGUGGAGUUCCUCAGAUUGAAGUGACGUUUGAUAUUGACGCAAAUGGCAUCAUGAACGUGUCUGCGGUUGACAAGAGCACCGGCAAGGAGAAUAAGAUCACCAUCACCAAUGACAAGGGACGUCUCAGCAAAGAUGACAUUGAGCGCAUGGUUCGGGAAGCUGAGAAGUACAAAGAGGAGGACGAUGUCCAACGUGACAAGGUGUCGGCCAAGAAUGGCCUGGAAUCUUACGCUUUCAACAUGAAGUCAACAGUGGAAGACGAAAAGCUUUCUGGAAAAAUUAGCGACGAUGACAAGAAAAACAUCUUGGACAAAUGCAAUGAGGUCAUCAGCUGGCUUGACAAGAACCAGACUGCUGAAAGAGAUGAAUAUGAACACCAGCAGAAGGAAUUGGAGAAGGUGUGCAACCCUAUCAUCACAAAGCUGUACCAAAGUGCUGGAGGCAUGCCAGGUGGUAUGCCAGAAGGUAUGCCUGGUGGAUUCCCUGGUGCUGGCGGUGCUGCUCCUGGUGGCGGAUCCUCUGGCCCAACCAUAGAGGAAGUUGAUUAAACAUUCCAUCAUGGUUUAUUCAUGCAAUAAUAAUAAAAUUUGGGUUUAGGGUUUUCGUUCAUUGUUUGCAACUGGAUUGUAAAGUUGAAAGAUUGUGCUUAUGGUUGGAGGUCAUUAAAACUUGUAAACCCC